AUGGUACUCCCAAUCAUCGUCGGAUUGGGAGUUACAGGCUUAGCACUCACAGCUAAAGCUACAAUUUCGGCGUAUCGCCAAUACUUAAAUUUGAGCCCCAGUAUGAUCGCCACCCUAAACAAUUUGAAACUCACCAACGACCAUGCUUCAUCCACACUCAACAGAUCAGAUCCAAACUUUAUUCACUACCAAUUUCUACGAAAGAAGUAUCCCAAUAGAAGUUUUCUUACACCAAUGACUGAACAGGAAGCUUUGUUGAUUUUGGGCAUUGAAGGUGAUGAUAUUUUAAAUGUUGACAAGAAAAUGGUUAGAGACAGAUAUCGGAAAUUGAUGGUUUUGAACCACCCGGAUAAACAAGGCAGUAAAUACGUUAGUCAAAAGAUUAAUGAGGCAAAGGAUGUUUUAGACAAGAGUUAUAUGGUGAAUAAAUAG